UUUUACUAUUAUAACUCUCCACUAUAUAAAUGCCUCUUCAGUCUUGAAUUAUAUGUAUAUAUCAGUUAUACUAUUUGUGGAAGUGAAAGUAAUAAUGGAGAAACGCCGAGGAAAUAAUGAAGAACCCAACAACUGUAUCAGCCCCUGCUCCCAAGUAGAGGUGAGCAGCAUUGAGUGGGAGUUCAUACACAUGUCAGAGCAAGAGGAAGAUCUCAUUUUUAGAAUGUACAAGCUCGUCGGAGACAGAUGGGGUCUUAUAGCUGGACGGAUUCCGGGUCGUAAAGCAGAAGAAAUUGAGAGAUUUUGGCUGAUGAAACAUAGACAAGUGUUUGACAAAUAAAAGAAGCUACAAACAUCCAUCCAUAUAUGUAAUUUAUAAUGCAUAAUUUUUUUUUUCUCUCCCUCAUUUUAAUGACUCUGUUUAUUUACAUUAUUAUAUAUUUAUAUCAUACUAGGAAUUCUCAAUUUAGUGUUAUAUUUAUGAUUAUAAGAAAUGCAUGGGCAAAAGAGUUGAAAAAUUAUUAU